UUUCUCAUAAAGACCCUCCCCCUUUGAUAAGCUAUAAAGCUAUGAGCGCUGUAAUAGGCACGCCAUUUCAUUCACCUCCUGAUCAAAGAUGGAUCUGCAAAUCUCAGUUUUUCUUCUAUUCAGUCUUUUCACUGAAGGACACUCUCUCAGCUGUUAUGAGUGUAUGAGUAUGACGGGUCCUUGUACAAAUCAAAACCUAAAAACGUGUCCCAGUGGAUCUUCCAAAUGCAUGAGUUCAACAGCAGUAACACAAGUUGGUGACAUUAGUGCUAAAAUGAAGGUUAAAAACUGUGCUGUUGACUGUCAAAAUGGGUCUAUGAACCUCGGCAUUUUUAAGACGUCUUCAGUGUGCUGUAACACGGACAAGUGUAACAUCCAAGAUCCUCCAGAUCCCAGCACUGGCGCCCCCAAUGGAAAGAAAUGUUACUCUUGUGAUGUACAGAGCUGCUCAAACAUAUUGAGCUGUUCAGGGAUUGAAGACCGCUGCUUUAAAGCAACAGGGAGUUUUGGAGGCCAGUCAAUGGUUGUAAAAGGCUGUCUCUCCAAAUCUCUUUGUGAUACUGCAGCAUCAGCUGGUGAUGUUCAGGGCGUCUCAUGUUGUUCAGGGAACCUGUGUAACGGUGUUCAGAGCGUCACUCAGAGCUUCCUGUUCCUCUGCUGUUCUCUGCUCUCCUUCAUCCUGCUGCACUGAAUCCAGCAGCUCUUCACAUUCUACAAUCAGACACACUGUACUGAAUAGAGAGCUUGUAUCUUCUCUGUACAAUGUAUCCUUUGUGUCCUGAUUUUAAUUUUUUUGUCUGUGACAUUCUGAUGUGACAUUUUAUGAAAUAAAAUACUAAAUCAUCUUGUUUCUGGGGUUAUAUUGAGCUUGUGUUAUGGAAUUUUUUUAAUUGGCAUUGAUUGCAUUGAUCUCACUUUAAUACAUUUAUCUUACAUACAUCUUUUGAAUGUAAUCUUUAAUCAGUACUCAAUAAGUAUUCAAUGGUAACCUACAGAGUGAAUGUGGUCUUUUCAGAGAAGUUGUGUACCAGGAACGAACAAGCCUUGAGAAUAACCAGACAUCUACAUUAAUAGGCAGUACCAUGUAAUAUGGGGUGAUGUGCACUGAAUAACAUGAUUGGCUUAAAACUCUUAUCUGUUUUCAAUGUAUUUGAAUAAUAUAAAGUCUGGGCUGUGAGCCUGCCUGUUAUCUCAUUGCUCACAGACUCAGCUGUGUGUAAACCAGAUAAUUUUCUGCAGAUAAUUAAAGCAAGACAAAGAAAAAACUCUGUGUGGUUUUUCAUU